CGAGUCAUUUCCGUCCGCCGAGGAACUGAGCGCCGCCGGCCGUGUUGCAAGCGGGGCGCCUCGGGCAGGACCUUCCUGGUCGGAAGUGGCCGUGAGCCAGAGCAGCGGUCCCGGGCUGGCACCCAGGAUGGGCGAGGUGGAGGCCCCGGGCCGCUUGUGGCUCGAGAGCCCCCCUGGGGGAGCGCCUCCCAUCUUCCUGCCCUCGGACGGGCAAGCCCUGGUCCUGGGCAGGGGACCCCUGACCCAGGUCACGGACCGGAAGUGCUCCAGGACUCAAGUGGAACUGGUCGCAGAUCCUGAGACCCGGACAGUGGCAGUGAAACAGCUGGGAGUUAACCCCUCAACUGCCGGGACCCAGGAGUUGAAGCCGGGGUUGGAGGGCUCUCUGGGGGUGGGGGACACACUGUAUUUGGUCAAUGGCCUCCACCCACUGACCCUGCGCUGGGAAGAGAUCCGCACACCAGAAUCCCAGCCAGAUACUCCACCUGGCACCCCUCCGGUGUCCCAAGACGAGAAGAGAGAUGCUGAGCCUCCCAAGAAGCGUAUGCGGAAGUCAAACCCCGGCUGGGAGAACUUGGAGAAGCUGCUAGUGUUCACCGCAGCUGGGGUGAAACCCCAGGGCAAGGUGGCUGGCUUUGAUCUGGACGGGACCCUCAUCACCACACGCUCUGGGAAGGUCUUUCCCACUGGCCCCAGUGACUGGAGGAUCUUGUACCCAGAGAUUCCGUGUAAGCUCCGGGAGCUGGAAGCCGAGGGCUACAAGCUGGUGAUCUUCACCAACCAGAUGAGCAUCGGGCGCGGGAAGCUGCCAGCCGAAGAGUUCAAGGCCAAGGUGGAGGCUGUGGUGGAGAAGCUGGGGGUCCCCUUCCAGGUGUUGGUGGCCACGCACGCAGGCUUGUACCGGAAGCCAGUGACAGGCAUGUGGGACCAUCUGCAGGAGCAGGCCAACGAGGGCGCGCCCAUCUCCAUCCGGGACAGCAUCUUUGUGGGAGACGCAGCCGGACGCCCGGCCAACUGGGCCCCAGGCCGGAAGAAGAAAGACUUCUCCUGCGCAGAUCGCCUGUUUGCCCUCAACCUUGGCCUGCCCUUCGCCACGCCUGAGGAGUUCUUCCUGAAGUGGCCAGCAGCCGGCUUUGAGCUCCCAGCCUUUGACCCGAGGACUCUCUCCCGCUCAGGACCUCUCUGCCUCCCCGAGUCCAGGGCCCUCCUGAGCUCUAGCCCGGAGGUGGUUGUCGCCGUGGGAUUCCCUGGGGCCGGGAAGUCCACCUUUCUCAAGAAGCACCUCGUGUCGGCCGGAUACGUCCAUGUGAACAGGGACACGCUAGGCUCCUGGCAGCGCUGUGUGACCGCGUGUGAGACAGCCCUGAAGCAAGGGAAACGGGUCGCCAUCGACAACACACUUUCGCCCCUUCUGAUAUCCCUCCAGUUUCGAGAGAUGACGGACUCCUCUCAUGUCCCCGUAUCAGACAUGGUCAUGUAUGGCUACAGGAAGCAGUUCGAGGCCCCGACGCUGGCCGAAGGCUUCUCUGCCAUCCUGGAGAUCCCGUUCCGGCUGUGCCUGGAGCCGAGGCUGGAGCGGCUGUACUGCCAGUUCUCCGAGGGCUGACCCCGCCCAGCUCCCCUCCACAAUAAAUGUUGUUUCUCCUUGA